AACACGACUCACGUAACUCAAGUCUAUAAGCCGAAGUGGAAGUCACAUCGUCUUCUUAUAUCUUAAUAUUCCGUGAUUUUCAAAACCAUUCUGUGCCCUCCAAGAAAUUUCAUACAUAGAACUGUCUCAUCUCAUUCACUUGAUCAGGCGCAAAGUAUCAAGAUGGCUUCUCCCCCACCACUAAAUGUGUUGAUGGUUGGCACGGGCGAGUAUACCACCGGGUUUGUGGGAGGCGGCGCGUCCGGGUCAGACAAGAAAGUGGGCGUCGUAGGGCUCAGUCUCUUUGAUCUUCGAAGAAGAGGGAAGGUGGCUAAGUUGAGCAUGGUGGGCACAAAUGGAACCAAAUUCCCAGCCAUCAGACAACAUCUCGAGACCAACAUAUCCAAGGCUUAUAAUGGCAUGGACUGCUCUUUCGACUCGUAUCCAGUUAAUGAUGCCAAAGACCCCGACGCUUAUAAGGCAGCCAUUGAUGCUCUAAAGCCAGGCGAUGCCAUCACCAUCUUUACCCCUGAUACAACUCACUACCCCAUAGCCCUUUACGCUAUUGAGCGCGGUAUACACACAAUGAUCACGAAGCCCGCAGUAAAAACACUAGAGCACCACCAAGCACUCAUAGAAGCUGCAAAGAAGCACAAUGUCUACGUCUACAUUGAGCACCAUAAGCGAUUUGACCCCGCCUACGCAGAUGCCAGGUUCAAGGCGCAGAAGCUCGGCGACUUCAACUACUUUUAUAGUUACAUGUCCCAGCCAAAGUCGCAGCUCGAGACCUUUAAGGCAUGGGCCGGCGUAGACUCAGACAUAUCAUAUUAUCUAAACAGCCACCACGUAGAUAUUUGCGAUUCAAUGGUUUCCCAAUUAGGCUUCAUCCCAGUAAAAGUCUCCGCUUCGGCAGCGAAAGGCAUUGCGACUGAUCUUGGAUGCCACGAGGCAACCGAGGAUACUAUUACAGUCAUGGUCACGUGGCAGAAGCAGGGCGACCCGAGCAAGGUAGCUACCGGUGUGUAUACGGCGUCGUGGACAGCUCCGCAGAAGGCCGGCGUACACUCAAACCAGUACUUCCACUACAUGGCCGCAGGUGGCGAAGUCCGCAUCAACCAAGCGAAGCGCGGAUACGACGUCGCCGACGACACUGCCGGACAACUCGUGUGGUACAAUCCGUUCUACAUGAAGUAUGCACCAGAUGAGGAAGGCAACUUUGGUGGCCAAAACGGCUAUGGCUACAUAUCGUUCGAGAAGUUCGUGGAUGGGUGCCGCGCCGUCAACGCUGGGACACUCAAGCCUGCCGAUUUAGACGCGAGAGCACUUCCAACGCUGAGCAAUACGAUCGCGACGACGGCUAUUCUAGAGGCGGGCCGGAGAAGUAUAGACGAGGCCAGGGAGAUUAGGAUCGAAAUCGAGAAUGGGGUUUGGAAGCUAGUGUAAAUUGCUAACUAUGACGAAUAUAUAUCAUUCUUGAGAGCGGCAACAUCCAUAUUUGAUGGUAUUGCAUAUCAGCCACCCCCCGGCUGACCUUGGAUUUCAUAUCCCCACCUAGGUAGUUCCUGUUGUUGGACACUACUACCUGUACAUACCUACCUACCUACAUUCC